AUGUCAGCUCAUUCUACUUUGGAUGAUGUUUUUAUUUUAAGAACUUUCUGGCUGUCCAAAUUUCUCAUAGCCAGUGCCUUGCUAAACACAGAAGUCAAAAUGUCUUCGUUGUAUGUCAAAAUUAACGUUAGAACUAGCUUGUUGAAUUUGGAACCAUUAAUUUUGCCAAUUGAAAUUGAGUUCUAUUAUUUUCCAAGUCUUGUUGUGCUUCAUUUAACCCCUUCGUCUCGGUUAACCUUCAUGAUGAGUCUGAUAUGA